AUGACUACUAUUUUCGACGCGAUUUUCUGUUAUAUCAAUAACAGUACGGAAUUCAAAGCCAAUAAUCGUAAGAUCAGCACAGAGCUUUGGCAAACAAGGCUCUGUGCUGGUAAAAACUGGUACACCAACAUGACAGGAGUAUAUGAUGCUAUUGGCCCUCAACGAAUCAACUUUGUCGUCGUGCGUCAUCCGUUAGACAGAUUUCUUAGCGGUUUCGCCGAUAAGUGCCUACGUGAAGCUCUACGUCAACCAUUCCGUUGCUAUUCAUGUAAUGGUGAUAUGGGAUGCUUCGUAUCCGCAUUAGCCGAUGAUAUGGAUAAAAUGUAUAAGAGGGGCACUUAUGAGUACUCAUAUGAACUACAUCACUUCGCUCCGCAAACAUGGUACUGUGAUUUUAACAAUCACUUGGAAGAAUUUAUUAUAAUCAAGUACGAGACUGGACGGCAAGGUAUCCUAAAUAUGGCUUACAAAUUUGAUUCCAUUUUCCUUUGGCUGGAGUUCCCGAAAAAAUUCGGAAAGAAAUCCGCAAAGAACUACUUGGCAGAACAGACGUUAAUGGGCAACUCAACGCUUCUUGCACAAGUGACGCGGAUGUUUUACUAUGAUUUCAUUGUUCUUGGAUUUGACUUACCGAUUUUGAUUUGA